AUGGAGGAGAUGAUAUUUCAGCUGGCCUUGAAGAGUGAGUAUGAGCUCGGCAGGUCCACGCUGGGCCUGAUCCAGCCCACACGCAAACUCUCAGAUGGUACAGAAUUCUACGUCCUGUCAAAGAGUCUGCAAGAGGGACCGGUACCUGUGGAGAGGGGUGGGGUUGGCACCAACAAGGGGAUUGUGAGAUCACGUACUAUAGGUGAACUUUUAGCUCCAGCGGCUCCUUUUGACAAGAAAUGUGGUCGUGAAAAUUGGACUGUUGCUUUUGCUCCAGAUGGUUCAUACUUUGCUUGGUCACAAGGACAUCGUACAGUAAAGCUUGUUCCGUGGUCCCAGUGCCUUAAGAACUUUCUCUUGCAUGGCACCAAGAAUAUCACCAAUUCAAGCAGUUUGAGAUUGUCAAGACAAAACAGUGAUGGUGCUCAGAAAAAUAAGCCUCGUGAACAUAUUAUAGACUGUGGUGACAUAGUCUGGAGUCUUGCUUUUGGAUCUUCAGUUCCAGAAAAACAGAGUCGUUGUGUCAAUAUAGAAUGGCAUCGAUUCAGAUUUGGACAAGAUCAGCUACUCCUUGCCACAGGAUUAAACAAUGGGCGUAUCAAAAUAUGGGAUGUAUAUACAGGAAAACUCCUCCUUAACUUGGUAGAUCAUACUGAAGUGGUCAGAGAUUUAACUUUUGCUCCAGAUGGGAGCUUGAUCCUUGUAUCAGCUUCAAGAGACAAAACUCUGAGAGUGUGGGACCUGAAAGAUGAUGGAAACAUGAUGAAAGUAUUGAGGGGCCAUCAGAACUGGGUGUAUAGCUGUGCAUUCUCUCCUGACUCAUCUAUGCUGUGUUCAGUGGGAGCCAGUAAAGCAGUUUUCCUUUGGAAUAUGGAUAAAUAUACCAUGAUACGGAAACUAGAAGGACAUCACCAUGAUGUUGUAGCUUGUGACUUUUCUCCUGAUGGAGCAUUGCUGGCUACUGCAUCUUAUGAUACUCGAGUAUAUAUCUGGGAUCCACAUACUGGAGACAUUCUGAUGGAAUUUGGGCACCUGUUUCCCCCGCCUACUCCAAUAUUUGCUGGAGGAGCAAAUGACCGAUGGGUACGAUCUGUGUCUUUUAGUCAUGACGGACUGCAUGUUGCAAGCCUUGCUGAUGAUAAAAUGGUGAGGUUCUGGAGAAUUGAUGAAGAUUAUCCAGUUCAAGUUGCACCUUUGAGCAAUGGUCUUUGCUGUGCCUUUUCUACUGAUGGCAGUGUUUUAGCUGCUGGGACACAUGAUGGAAGUGUGUAUUUUUGGGCCACUCCAAGGCAAGUCCCUAGCCUUCAACAUUUAUGUCGUAUGUCAAUCAGGAGAGUGAUGCCCACCCAAGAAGUCCAGGAGCUGCCAGUUCCUUCCAAAGUGUUGGAGUUUCUCUCCUACCGCAUUUAG